AUGGCCUGGCUGUCACUGUCUCCCUGGAUCCCUCAGAUCCUGUCCCAGCUGAGCGGGCCUGCGUCACCCCACACCACCUGUGUGGGCUCCUCUCCAACCAUGAUGCUUUCUCUGUGGAGCCUGAGCUCCCUGGAGACCUGGGGGGUUUGCACAGGCCCUCCUGGUGCUGACCUCGGUCUUGUACCAGCGACUGGACUUUCGGGAGCAGGAGCCUCAGGACGUGCUGUGGCCUCGCGCCGUGAGGGUCGCGGUGGGCACCACGUCUGUCCCUCCAGGCGGCUAGUGUUGGUGGCCCCUCCCAGGGAUGCUGAGCUCCGCCAGCAGCACAGCGAUCACACCGGGGUGAGCGCUUCUCCUCGGAACCCACUGCCAGAGGCCCCUGGCCCCCAGCAGCCUGGGCCUGUGUCGCUCAUCUACAGAAACGUGAGGAGGAGCACGCAUACCAUCCUGCUCCCCUCCUCGUCCUCCGAGAACCCAGGGCACUCAGCAGGGAGCGCUUCUCUUGGCACAGUCGUGAUGGUGCUGCCUCCAGGCAGUGGGGCGCGUCCUCACUCCGCCGUGGCUGGUGCCCUGCAGUCACAGGCCCUGGCGGCGGCUGCGCCGGGGACGUGGGGCUUCCUUCUCAGCAGCUCCCGCUGCGCUCAGGGCGCCUCCCCACGUGCUAGACACCCUCGUCCUCGCUGGUCUGGGGCACAGGAGGCGCUCUGCAGGCUUCUCAUGCGUCUGCCUGGCUCCGACCCCCUUCCACAUGCUCACGGGCUGCUGGGAUUUCCUUCCUGGGGACCGCCUCUGCUCCCGGGUUUCUUCACUGGUCGCUACCAGUGUUGA